UUAAAUGUAUUCUAUUCUUAGAACUCUUUGGAAUGUAAACCAAGACUUGUGUAAUACUGAGUUCUGUUGUAUGUGGUUCACAUGGUGUGCUGGUGACGGUUCUAAUAUUAUAAAAGAGAGAUGUCCUUAAGGAGAUGUAAAGGUUUCUUUUUCAAGGAGAAGACCCUCACAGGGCACAGUGAAGAAUGUAGAGCUUUAGAGAACAGCAGCUCUUUUGAAAGAGAUGUUUCCAGCCCCAAACAGGGAAGGAGGCCUUUCCCCAGCCUUACGGGGUUGAUUAACUUGGAAAACUCCUGCUACAUGAAUGCUGUGCUGCAGUGUCUUUCCAGCACUGCAAGCCUAGUUGAAUACCUUUUAUCCAGUGUAAACCAGAAAGAUUUAGCCAGACACAGGCGUGAUGUUGUCUGUGCGUUCAUUAGUCUUCUGACAGAAAUGUGGACAGGUGAAUAUGAGCACAUAUCUCCUGUGGAAAUAAGGACUGUCAUUGGAUCUCUGCACCCUCAGUUUGCCAGCAAUACUCAACAGGAUGCACAGGAGCUUCUGCUUUACCUGUUCAAUGGACUGCAUGAGGAUCUGAAAAAAACCACUGUGAGAAAGCAGCCCAUAGGAAGCCUGAAGAGGCAGGAAGCUGGUAAAUCCUGUGGUCACUCGAGCGAGACCUCCAUCAUCACUCAUCUUUUUGAAGGGCAGCUCUGCUAUGUCACGCUGUGUCUCCAGUGUGACAAUCAAACGCGCACCAAUGAGGUCUUCACCAUUCUGUCCUUGCCCAUUCCUCCUGGAGCCUAUAGAUGUUCUCUUCUGGACUGCCUUGAGCUUUUUUUUCAGCAAAACACCUUAACACGCAAUAACCAGAUUCUUUGCACCAGUUGCGGGAUAAAGCGAGAUACUGCUGUUUUGACCAGCAUUUCCAAAGCACCUGAAAUUCUCAUCUUGCAUUUAAAACGAUUUGAAGUUGAAGGACUCAAGAAAAGGAAACUGCGGACCGAUGUCAGCUUUUCAUUGGAAAACCUAGAUCUGUCCCCUUAUUUAUCAUCAUCCCCAUCAAGUCAGUCAAGAUACUAUCUUUACGCAGUAGUGAACCACAGUGGCGAUUUGGACAAUGGGCACUACACUGCCUACUGCAAGAAUGCUGUGACUCAGCGCUGGCACAGGUUUGAUGAUGAGAUUGUCUCCGACAUCCCCAGCUACUUGAUCCAAUCUCCGAAUGCCUACAUUCUUUUCUACACUUGCCAGGAUUUCCGGAUGCCUUGUCUCAGACUGAGUACUUCUUAAUCAUGCGUACAAAAACAAAUGUACCUUCUCACCCACCCCAUAAAACAUGUGCACCAUCCCAUCCUUCUACGUUUUGCAUUUUUUAGGAUGCACCACCCGCCUCCCAUAUUAUGUUUGCAUCUAUUAACAAAAAAAGAAACAGGUGAGUAUACAUUGGAUGAUGGAGAAAUCAACUCUUAAGCAGCAGGUAUUCAUAAUUACAUGUAAUGAUAUUAUCGGAUUGCUUAAUUAGAAACAUAAACAAAACAAUGCAUUUUUUGAAUUGGUUAUUCUGUGAGUUCAAGCAUGUAAAUGGGAUUUAAAUGUUAAGUAUUUUUUUGCAAACAUUUGUGUUUUUAAAAGGAUCGUUUUGUAUUUGUUGGUUUGUAUCUGUAGAUUGGGCAGUGUCUUUUAG